AUGAAUUCUUUCAAGUCACUAGCCGUUUUGGUAUUAUGCUGUUCAUUAACUGUCUGUUUUGCUGCGGAUACAGUUCCAGCUACGACAGUAAAGGCAACUCCAGCAGCAACAAAAGCAACAGUAAAAGCAACAGUAAAAGCAACAACAGCAACAGCAGCAACAGCAACUGUGGAUAGACUUACGAUCCCGACUGGAUUUUGGAAUAUCACCAACUCUAAAGAUCAAUCUUGCAUGCUUUUCCAAAUGGGAAUUAGAGUUAAUGUCUUUUACAAAGUACCUGGAAGUGAUGCUAUCCAUGUAUUUUCAUCCAAUGUUCCAACCAAUGCUAGUGCUGAAGGCACCUGCCAAUUUAACAUGACUUCAUCUUUCUCCGUAAUGUGGCAUGACAAUGCUGUACCACCCAAGUUGGUUGAUUGGUGGAGAACUCGUUCUGUUAAAUUAAAUUACAAACUUGGUGGUAUUCCUGAUGCUAUGCGUAAGUUAGCUCUUGAUAAUUUGUUAGGAGCUAUGGGCGAUCAAGUAGGGGAGGUCAACAGCACCUACUUAGAGGAAGUUAAAGCACUGAGCCAUCAAUCUCUAAUCUGUGGUACUGGCUAUAAACUGAAUUUUAUGGAUAACAAGGGAAAUGUCGAUAUUGUUAAUGUCCGUGCUCAACCAUUUGAUGUGGUUGACAAUAAAUUCAGCUUUAAACUCUGGUAUUGUGUCCAUGAUAGCCCAUUUGCUCCUAAAAAGGAUAACACCGUCCCUAUUCUGGUCGGUAGUUUAAUCACAGCAAGUUUCUUGAUUACUUUGUUGGCUUAUGUUUUCUCUCGCCAUCGUGUCCGAGCUGGCUAUCAAUCUAUGUAA